AUGUGUAAAUAUUUUGCUGCGAGCUUGGUGGGAGAAGCUUUGAAAUGGUUUGAAGGGAUACUAGUAGAAUCAAUUGGGUCAUUUCACCAUUUACAGAACGUCUUUUUAGGACAAUACAUCAGCAAUAAUAUGUCAAGACCUGGGAUUGAGACAGCAUUCGGACUUCGCAGAAGAACAAAUGAGACUUUGCGUCAUCCAACAACACGCUGGAGAACCAUGUGUAGCGAAAUUGGAAGAAGAGUAGAUGAGCAACAACUUAUUCUUGCAUUUAUCAAUGCUCUCUUUGCUACAGAUUUAUUGUAUACACAAAUCUUUCAGAUAAAGGAUACGAUAACAAUGUCAGAAUUGCGCGAAUUUCAAGAAGAGUACAUAGCACUUGAAGAGAAACAAAGAUAUAUGGAGUCGUACCCAGUUGGAAUACCAGAUGCGAAGGGUGGAAAUGCAAGUUUACUUCCAAGAUUGACAAAUACUUUUGUGAGUACAUCGCAAGGGAAUAAAGGAAGGAAUGUUGCAGACAUGGAAGAAAAACGGGUAGCCAUGGGUAGUGCAGAUCAAACAGAGUUUGAAAAGCAACAUCAAAAUCGCGGAGGUACUGAUACGAUUCAACCAGGAAGUUCUGGAGGUCCACAAACACACUAUAAUAAAAAAACUAGAAAAAUAGUGUGGGAGCAGAUAAAUUUGCCAAAGUUGAAUACCACAGUGGAUAAGAUAUGGGAAGCUGCCAUCCUAAUGGAAGAUAUUCCAGAACCAGAUAAUACUGGAGACGAACCACCACCAGGGAGGAGGAGUAAAGAAUUUUGUGUAUAUCAUAGAUUUCACGGUCACACAACAAGUAACUGCAGAAAUGUAAGGAAAAUCAUAUUAAGGAUGAUUGAACAGGAAAAGUUGAAUCAUUUCUUAGCACAACCAAAGAAUUUGCCACCACCACCACGAAGGGGAAAUGAGUAUGGAGCGGAUAAUGGAAAGAAUGUGCAUAUAGUUGAAGUAGGUGCGAAAUCAAAGAACUUGUAUUGUAAUUCGAUUAUACAUUCAUUCAAGAAUAUAGAAGAUUUCCAUGAUAAUAUCUUAAGUCGGGUGUAUACGAGAGAUGUUGAAGGCAAAGAGAACCUGAAUCUUGUGAAAGUAUCACCAUUAAAAGAGUGGCAAAAAAAAGUUAUCUCAUUCAAGGAUGAUGAAGAGGAUGAAACAAAUACAUGGGCUAUGAAUAGAAUACUAAUAGAUAUUGGGAGUUCUGUUGAUAUCCUUUUCUAUCACACAUACAAAAUUAUGGGUGGAAGAGAUGACGAGUUAAUUCCUUCAACAUACAAAAUUUAUGGAUUUAAUGGAGCUGCAAACAAGCCAAAAGGAGAAGUGACGAAGGGAAUUCGCCUACAGAACCUAUCAACGGACAUUGUUUUCUGUGUAGUGGAUGUCGAAUCACCUUAUAAUGCUUUAAUUGGUAGACCAUGGUUGCACAGUAUAUUGGGGGUGGCAUCGACAUUUCAUCAAUGCAUAAAGUUCACUUUGCCUAAUGGCAUUGGAAUAAUCAGAGGAGAUAUAUUUGAAAGUAGGAAUUGUCAAGAAAUCGACAUUGAUAAGUGCGAAGAAGGAGAAAGUAAGCAAAGGAAUUGGAAACAGUGUAUUGCAGAGAGUCAAAGAGCUGACAAGUUAAUACUAAAGGCAGUAUAUAAAGUUGAGGAAUGCACAAACUUUUGUAGAAAUUAA